ACGGGAGCGUGUUUAGUUUUGUUCGUAUGCGUGGACAGAAACAUUAUCGUUGAAUUUUUUUGUUUUAAAAUAUGGAAAUGUCAUCGUCUACGAGUCACAUCGGAGUGAUCCGUAUGAUGAGAGAUUACGCCAGUUUUAUUAGUUCGCCUUCUCGCAAAUCCAAUUUUCUUCGUCAAGAAGAAUUCCUACCGAAACUUCAGUUUGAUAACAGCGAUUUGGAUACGACCACUUCAGAACCUUCCACUCCCGAUACAGUUUCAAAAUUGAAAAGAAAACUUUUGGAAAAAGAAGCAGAGAUUCAGCACAGUCAUGCAACCAUUAGUCAUCUGAAAUCUUCAAUGCAAUCUUUAGAGCCAAGUAGCAAGCAUUUGUGUGUUGAAUUAGAGAAAGAACUAGAACUUUGCAAGCAACAAUGCGAAAUUAAAGAAGAACGUAUAGUUGAACUUCAGAAUCAACUUCAGCUUCUAAAAGAAGAAGAAAAAGACUUUCAUGCAGAGUUUUCCCAAAUGAAGGAACAAAUGGAUACAUAUCAAGAGAAUUAUGAGCAACAAAUUAAAACUUUGCAACAGAAAUGUCAAAAAUUGCAGUUAGAUUUAGAAGAAGCAAAAUCUAGUGAAAAAAAGAUAGCUCAGGAUCUUACUGCUGAAAUUAAAAGAUUACAGUCUGAACUGAAGUUAAAAAAGAAAGAAACAGAACAAAAUAAAGAUCAAAUACAGUUGUUGUUAAAACAAACACAGGAGCAAUCAAAAACUAUUCAAGAAAGUGAAAAUCUCAAAACACUUUUAAAAAAGCUUCAACAAAGAGUAACUGAAUUAGAAAAUGAAAUAGCAUCUAAUGAAGAUGCUGCAAUUAUUGUUCAAGUUAAACAAGAAGAACUCAAAGCAUUACCUGACCUUAAAAAAGAAAAUUUUAAAUUAAAAGAAGAAAAUAAAUUUAUGAAAGAAAGUUGUAAGAAUUAUUUAUUAUUGAAAGAACAACUUCAAUCUGCUCAAAAACGUUUAGAAUAUCUUCAGCAGAAAAAUGCAUCUUUACCACAACUUGAACUAGAACAUGAAGCAUUAAAACAAAAACUCUCUGAAUGGGAAUCACUAAUGUCUGAUGGAAAUGGAAAUGUACAAAGAUCACCUUCUGUUUUGUCAAAAAGAUGGAAUGAAUUUCAAAAGAAUGAAGCAAUCUUGAUGGAUACAAUAGGAAAAUUAAAAGCAGAUAUAAGUGUUCUAGAGACAUCUAAUCAAAAGCUAUCAAGUAAAGUUGCUUCUUUGACUACAGAAUUGCAACGUGAAAAAAAGCAUGGUAUUGAUCAGGCAACACUCUAUAGACGACUACAAAAAAAGGUUCUUCUUGUUAGUAAGGAACUAGAUAGUUACAAAAGGGUUGUCAGUUCAUAUGAAGAUGAUAAAUCCAGUGUUUCAUCUGUACAAAGUGAACAUAUUAAAUCAUUAGAAAACAUUACAGAGAACUAUCGAAACAGAGUUGAUCAGCUUGAAAAAGAAUGCAAUGAAUUACAGAAACAAAUAGACAAAAAUAGUCAGUUUAUUAAUGUAGAAGAGGCAGAGGAUAUAGAAAAGUUAAGAAAAUCAUUGACAGAUCAACAACUGAAAAUACAACAACUGGAGAAAGAAAAACUAGAAUUAGAAGAGAAAUUAAAUAAUGAAUUAAAAGAAGAAGAAACUGAUAAUUCAAAUUUUAAAAUAGUUCAUUUCAAACAAAAUCCACAACAACUGAUGAUUCAGCAAAAAUUGGCCCAGAUAAAACAAUUGAAAGAAGAUAAUGAACAACUUCGUGCUCGUAUUAAAAUUCUAGAAGAAUCUGGAACAGAUGCACAAAAUGUCACAUUGAAGAUUCAACAGCAUAUUCAAGAACAUGAUUCAAGCACAGUAGAGAGUUUGAAAAAGAAACUAGCUACUGCAAAAGCUUGUCAAAAAAGGUUAAUGGAAGCAGUUCGUAAAACUGGCAUAGAAUUUAGAGAAUUGUGUUAUGUCCUCUUGGGAUAUAGAAUAGAUAUGGUUGUGAAAAAUAAAUAUAAAUUAUCUCAUUUGUAUGCCGAGUCUCCUGAUGAUUAUUUAAUGUUUGAGUAUGAAUCAGGUGGUGUUGCAAAAUUAUUAGAAACUUCAUAUUCAGCAACUCUUACUGAAAUGAUUGAUUUAUAUUUGAAGCAACAUGACUGCAUCCCUGCAUUUUUAAGCGCCUUAACACUUGAUCUGUUCAAUCGUCAGACUUUUGCUGUUGCUUGUGGAUAAGUAGUUAAUACUAAAUAUUAUUGAAUACCAAUGCAUUUCCAGUUUUAAUUAUUUUUAUAUUAAAACAAGUAUUCAUUUUUUUUUAUGAAAUAGAAGUAAAACAAAUUUAAUAUUAGCAUUUUUCUUUAUGUCCUUAAUUAAUAUAAAAACAAAAAAGUAAAACAUUAUUUACUUGGACCUUGUUUAUAAAUAGGACUUAUUAUACUGGUGUAGUUUCUGAUUAGGAAAGAGGAAAUUUUAGUCAAAAUGUAAAACAAAAUCUCUUUAUUUUCACCUGUACACUCUUUAUCUGUGUUUUGGACCUGUUCAGCAGGUUAAAACAAAACAAUUGUUACAGAAUGUUGUUGUCAUCUCCUUGUAACAAUUCUAAGUUAUUUUCUGAUAAGAAUGCUUUUACAUGUUUAAAUAUUUAAAUAUAAGUAAUAAAAGAAUUAUUAGAAGGAAGCUAUAAGAAAUUAAAUAAGAGCAAACAAAAGAUUUGUCAACAUUAUUGGAUAAAGAAUUACAAAGAAUUAAAAACCAGCAAAUAAUAACACAGGAAGAUAUUAUGAAAAUAAAAACAGAAGAUAAUAGAAUAUCUAAAUUGAAUAUUCAGGUAAAAACACAAAGAUCCAGUUAAGUAUAGACCUUUAAUAGAUAUUAAAUAUUAUAUAUACGAGUGGUCUUUUCUUAACCUCCACCAACCCAGAAUAAAAAAACAAGAACGAAGAACAAAACCACUUUAUUAGGUGAAGACUGUAACUACCUUCUACGAGUUUUCCAUAUAAUUGCUUGUUGAUUCAGGCAGACAUCUUACCAUGACACAAGCUUUUGUAUAUUCAUGUCGAAGAACGUUGCCGCCAGGCCAUUCGGCCAACCUUUAAUUACUAGGUGUGCACCCUGUCCCCGUCUCACGUGCUUCCAAUUUUUUUUCAUGUGUUAGUGGAGGUUGAAAAAAAUAACCCUCAUACUACAAUUUGGAGAAAUUUUUGAAAAAUAAAUUAUAUUUAUUAAAUAUAUCAAGAUAUAGUUUAAAAAGUGUUGAAGAAUUGUUAGAUUAAAAAAUGAAUAAUUUCAUAUUAUUAUUAAUAGUUAUAUAAUGUCUUUAGUUAUAUUUGGAUACAUGCUUUUUAUAUCUAGAGAUAAUAUUAAAAAGAUCUUAGAAACAGCAAAUGCUCCACAAUGGAUAAUUAAUUUAUGUAUGAUAGUAGUAGAAAAUUAUUAUUCUUCAAACUGAAAAUAAUUUACUCUGAAGGAAUAUCCAUGGGAACAUGUAUUGGCCCAAAAUCAGUCAAAAUAUUCAUCACACCAAUAGAUGAAAAAAUAAGAUACAUAAAAGGAAUUCAUGUUUACAAUAGAUAUGUAGAUGAAUGUAUAAUUAUUUUUGAUAAAAUGGAAACAAAUGAGGAAUUAAUAAUGGAACAAGCAAACCAAAUUAAGGAAAAUAUACGGUUAGAAAAACAAAAUAACAUAAAUUAUUUAGAGGUUACAAUACAAAGAAAAGAAGAUAGACUAGAGUAUAAAAAAUAUGUUUAGACACUUGCAUAGGUUUAAGUAACUAACUAUAAAUCAAAUGUACCAAUAAAUAUGAAAUUUAAUAUAUUUAAAAUGUACUUAGAUAAAAUUAAAAGUAGAACUAGUAAAAUAGAAAACCAGGAAAAAAAUACAACAAAUAGUAAAAAUAUAAUAAUACUUCUCUAACUUGAAGUUCCAAGGAGUAGGAAAAACUUUAAGUUACAAAUGGUUCAAGUUAGACAACAACAGAGUAAUGUGAGCAUAUAAUAUCAGUUCUGAAUAGAUUUGUAUAUUUAUCUCUCUUGCAUUACAUAAAGAAUCUUUAAUAGUUUUUUUUCUUUUCUUUUAAACAGCCUGUGUAAUGCCUUUCAGCAAAAAGUGCAAUGUAACUAAUGGAAUCAAACAGUUUUGCAGGUACUCUACAUCUUGUUGAAGUAAAGUGAGAGGACCUCUCGCGUUGGACUGGAACGUUGUCUGAAAAUUGGUGUUAGAGAGUAGAUACAACUGACUGUCUGAAAAUUUCAUGGAAAUUGAUAAUUAGGAUCACCUUGGAUAGAAUAAAUACUAAAACUUGAGU